AUGUUGUUUCAAACGUCUCAUUAUAAUUCCAACUUGGGAACAGCAGGUCAUCGAAUCCCUUCUAUGGCUUCGUCAGCUACUGCUGCUUCCAGAGCAGCUCCUUCAGGAAUCCCUGCAAACUCAGCUGUUCAUCCACCAUAUUUCCCUUCAUCUAAUUAUCAAGCUUCCCAGUUUUAUCCUCAUGAAGCUCAAAGACAACAACAACAGCCUAUUGCUGUACUACCUGUUAAAGAAGAAGCUCCCGCUGUUAAUGGUGGGAUCAGUUCUGUCUUGGACUACGAGUUGCCAACAAUGUCAGCGUUUUUAUCAUGGUGUUCUUUUGGUAUGUUGAAACAAACAAGAAACCCAACUAAAGAGUUUGAAAGUUUACUUGUGUCAGUUUUAUUUGCUACUAGGUUACCAAAAUCUACAAUCAUUAUUGCUUUAGAGUAUUUAAACCAAAGAUAUUGUCCUAAACAUCUCGACUUGCUAAAUGAACUGGAAAUCUUUUUGAAGUUGGUUAUUGCCUUGAUAUUAGCCAAUAAGUUCAAUGAUGAUAAUACUUUUACAAAUAAAUCAUGGUAUGGUGCCACUGGUUUAGCUGUUGAGAUUUUGAAUUUAGAAGAACGUUUAUGGCUUGAAGAAGUUGAAUGGCAAUUGAAUGUGGUCAACUUUGAAUCCAAUAUAAUGACUUUGGAAGAAUGCUGGGCUACGUGGUUGUCUAAGGUGACUCAACAACAAUCAUCAAGGUUGACAUCUUCAUCUCCAGUCUCAGCCAAUUCAUUAUCACCCAAAAUCCCAAGCUAUUCUCAUUCUCCUGUUUCAUCUCCGUUAUACAGUCCUUCAGUUGAUUUGACUUACCAUAACCAGAACUUUGUGGUACCUAAUUAUCAACAGCAGUCACAACAUCCAAUGUAUCAGCAACCACAACAAGCUUAUAUUCCGCCACUAUUUUAUAAUGGAGUGGCUGUACCACAAGUACCACCGCCCAUGCAAAACGUGCUUCAAGAUCAAUAUCAACCCCCACAGCAUACUAAGACUUGGACAAAGCUGAGAUUAUCGCAGUCGUACUUACCAUCUGUGCAAUCAUCGCCAAUAUGUGAUUCCGAUGGUGGGAAACAUUAUCAUUCUGCUUCAUCACCUUUCCUCAUGUCAUCCCCCGUGUCCAUGUACGACAAUGCACCCACUUGGUCAGCUUCAUCCACUCAAUUUUCCAAGAGUAUUUGGGCUAGUACCACUGGUGUACCCGUUCCUCCUGUACUUCCCUACGGUAGUAGUGCCAUCAUGGGUAAUGCCGGAGCCAUGUUUACCAUGAUGGCAGGCCAACAACCACAACCACUACCACAACAACAACCUAGUCAUUUCCAACACCACUUGGAAUCUCAAGGUACAUAUGUCAUGGCUCCUCUACCUGCCACCGUCAAUGGUUAUCCACACAAUUUUGUUGGCUACACAAAUCCCUUCUACUACAAUGUUGCAUCUACAUGUUGA